CGUCAAGACGACAUCGAUCAUAAAAACACCGAACCAAAUUCCCCCAGCACGACGCCGUUUCGUCGUGUCCAGAGACAAAUCAUUUCUCAUCGCUCUUAUAAAAUUAAAAUGAAUACUAGUUUAUUUUAUGGAAAUUCUGAAAUCGCUAUUGUGUCAGCUUCACUUUUUGUUUUUUCAAUGCUCUUACUAUUUUAAUCGCACAUUCAGUGACGGCCUCCACCCUCUCAGUCCCUGAAAGUGUACACCAUUCGAUACAAAAACGAUUCUUCUCUCGUCUCACUCGCAUUUCUCUCCUUUUUGGGCCAUUAAUUUUACUGUGCGGGGAGUAUAAGCUUUGUGAAUGUGAAUAGAAUUCAUCAACACAUUGGAGAAGAAGGGUGUUGUUUGUUUCCAUAACCAUGGGUCUAGGAGUAAAGGCGAAGUACCGCAGGGGCCCCACGGUUCAAAUUGAUUAUCUCAUCCAUAUUCAUGAGAUUAAGCCUUGGCCCCCAUCACAGUCACUCAGAUCACUCCGUUCCGUGUUGAUUCAAUGGGAAAAUGGCGACCGCAAUUCUGGGUCUACCAACCCUGUUGUCCCCUCACUUGGGUCUGUUGUUGGUGAGGGGAAAAUUGAAUUCAACCACUCUUUCAGGUUACCUGUGACUCUGCUAAGGGACAUGUCUGUUAAAGGUGAUGGUGAUGCAUUUCAAAAGAAUUGCUUAGAGUUCCACUUGUAUGAGCCUCGGAGGGACAGGACGAAAGGUCAGUUGUUGGCGACUGCCAUUGUAGAUUUGGCUGAUCAUGGCGUUGUGAAAGAGACAAUAAGCGUGAGCGCUCCAAUGAACAGUAAGAGGAGCUUUAGGAACACUGAUCAACCAGUUCUGUUUAUCAAAAUUCAGCCUUUUGUGAAGGGUCGUACUAGCUCCUCAUCUGGGGACAGCUUGUCGAGAGGGGCAUCACUGGACAAAGCCGGUGGUGAAUCUGUUUCGGGCUUGAUGAAUGAAGAUUAUGCUGAGGAAGCCGAAGUUGCCUCUUUUACGGAUGAUGAUGUUUCCUCACACUCAUCUCAGACAAUUUCUUCUGCUUUAGAUACAAAUCGCACUUUGUCUCCUAAAAAACAAGAGACUGGAGAAGAGACACGGCCUCAUAGCACUGAAGGUAAAAAUGAAAAGCAUGCCUUAGCCUCAAAACUAGGGCUUGAAAGACCAAAUUUAAUACAUGAAUUUAUGAAGGGAGGUUCAUCAUGCUCAUCAUCAGUCGACCUAUCUUCUGACCCUGGAAGCCCAGUAAAUGGUAAUGCUUCUGUAGCCAACUCUCCCAGCUCAAGUUCAACAAUCCUAAAAGCUGUUGGUUCAGAGACCGCCCCUUCUCCAUCCGCAUCCGUAUUGAAUGAAAAGGCUGAGGAGUCCCGCACCAGCAUGAGAAGCAAUGGCCAUGAGCGUUUAUCUCACGAGGUUAAUGACAAGGUUUUUGAUGGCAGAAGUAAAAUCACAGCUGUUAUUCAACAGAGUAGCAAGUAUGAUGAGAAAGCUUGGGGAAUUGGCAGGGAUUGCCCGGAGGCUGCAGUUAGUGAUGAUAGUUCUACGGAGGACAACGAAAGAAAGAAACAAGAAAACAGAGAUGAAAGACAACAUGUUGAUGAGGAAAAGCAAGCUCAGAGGGGAGGUGAAUCAUUCAUUGCACAUGAGGCUAACGGAAAGCAAGAUCCACUCGGAACGAAGGAAAAUAUAAAGCAUGUUAAGUCUGUUAGGUCAGCUAUUGACUCGGCUAAGAACGCAUUACCCAGGAAUGAUCAGAAUGCAGAACUAAAGGAAACUGGUAUUCAGGGAGAUGCACAGAACAGUGCAGGUGUUGCAGCAAGCCUCAGAGGGAAGGAAAGAAAAGAAGCUAAGGUGUAUCCUAGGGAUACAAGAAGUGUCAUUUUAGAAAGCAAAAUCCAUCAGCUGGAACACAGGAUAAAGUUGCUUGAGGGAGAAUUGAGAGAAGCUGCAGCUGUCGAGGCUGCCCUUUAUUCAGUAGUCGCUGAGCAUGGAAGUUCUAUGAGUAAGGUCCAUGCUCCGGCUCGGCGCCUUUCUAGGUUGUAUCUUCAUGCUUGCAAAGAAAGUUCCCGUUCUAGGAGGGCCAGUGCAGCUAGAAGUAUUGUUUCAGGACUAGUUUUGGUUGCAAAAGCGUGUGGGAAUGAUGUCCCAAGGCUAACAUAUUGGCUGUCAAAUUCCAUUGUGUUGAGAACAAUAAUAAGCCAGGUUACCGGGGAACCAGAACUACUUCUGUCUCCAGGGUCUUCUAUUGACCGGAAUGGUGCUGGAAAAGUAAAAAAUAAUGUGUCAUCUCCAAUAAAAUGGAAGGCUCCCUCCUCUGGGAAGAAAGAAGGAAUGAAGCUCUUAAAUGGAAGUUUCGACUGUGAUAACCCACAUACAUUUAUGUCUACACUGGAGAAGAUUGAAUCGUGGAUCUUCUCCCGAAUAGUUGAAUCUAUCUGGUGGCAGACUUUGACCCCACAUAUGCAGUCUGUUGCUGCAAAGGAACUUAAUGAAGGUGUUGACUCUGGGUCAAGGAAAAGGAAACUCUCAUCAAAUCUUGAGCUUGAUGGUAUUUUGGCCAAUUUCUGGUGGGGUCAUUCUGGGGACAAAAACAAGAUCCAUUGGAUUAGCUGGCGGGCUUUGGGGAUGCCAAAACAUGAAGGAGGCAUGGGGUUUCGAAACCUGCAUGAUUUCAACCUAGCUUUGUUGGCUAAGCAGUGCUGGAGACUCUUAACUGAGCCUGACUCUUUCUGGGCUAAAGUGAUAAAAAGCAGGUACUUUCCUAACUGUGAUUUUCUCCUGGCUCCCAAGGGUGCCAGAGCUUCCUGGGCAUGGUCCAGCUUGCUUGCUGGAAGAGAUCUCAUCCUUCGUGGAGCUCGUUGGCAAAUUCUUGAUGGUAGUAGAGUUCACCUUUGGACUGACAAAUGGCUCCCUUGUGUUGCCAAUCCUAUCCUCCGUCCCACUGAUGGAAGCACAAGAGAUGAUACUUUGAUGGUCUCUACUAUUAUUAACCCCAUUUCUAUGCAGUGGAACCUUAGUUGCAUUCGUGAUGCCAUUUCUGAUCGCGAUCUGGAAAAUUUUUUGGCUCUCCCAUUGGGUGAUGGAAGUGAAUCUGAUCGUGUUAUUUGGCCCUUGAACCACAAUGGUGAUUAUUCUGUGAAAUCCGGUUACCACCUUAUUCAUUCCAGAAACUCCUCCAAUGUUGACUUGUGCCCUUCUAGUCUUCAUGCUCAUACUGAUGUUCUUUGGAAAGUGAUAUGGAACUCCCCCUUAAUCCUAAAAUUAAAAAAAUUAUUGUGGAGAGUUCUCUCGGGUUGUUUGGCUUCGAAGGAGAAUUUGUUCAAGCGGCAUCUUGGUGACUCCCCCAUAUGCCCCUUGUGUGAGCAAGCAUCUGAAUCUUUGGAGCACUUAUUCCUUCUAUGCGAUUGGGUCAAGUUGGUUUGGUUUGGCAACCCCAUGAAUUAUUGUGUUGAUAGGCAACGUGUCACCUUUAUGGCUGAAUGGCUUUACGAUGUGAUUGGGCCUCAUAGCUCUCUAUGUGCUAACAGAACCUGGAUUAUUUCCCAUGUGGCCUAUACUUGUUGGGGCAUUUGGUGUAGUCGUUGUGCGACGAUCUUUGAUGGCAGUCCCUUGUGUCCAAGACAAACGCUGUCUCAUAUAAAAUGCAUGAUCUAUGAUUUUGAUAUGCUGAAAGAUGUUUCUCUUCCCGUGCACCAACCUGGUACCACCUUUACCAUUGAUGAUGUUUGGUCCCCCCCGCCUGCUGCAUGGUGCAAUUUAAAUGUGGAUGCUAGUUGGGCAACAACUCAUCCUGAUGCUGGUUUUGGAGGGGUAAUUCGUAAUUCAGGUGGUGUGUUCAUGGGUGGUUUUGCUGCCUGUAAAAAUGCAAAUUCGGUUCUUGAAGCUAAAGCCCACGCAGCUCUUACUGGUAUUUCUCUUACGGCUGAGAUGUGUCUGGCAAAUGUUGUCAUUGAAUCGAACUCCCAAGUGCUUGUUAAGGAAUUUGGUCCAUCUACCCCAUCAUCUCUACCAUUAGAAAUUUGGUCCAUCUACCCUUGUUAA